AUGAGAAUAUCGGUGGUGCGGCUCCUUAAUCGCACAAUACAACGAAAUCAUGUCGUAAAUGGGAAAUGGACAACCACACACUACACUCGGAAGCCUAGAGACAAAGACGAGAGAUGGAAGGACGUGGAGAUUGAACGGUUCAGCGAUGAGUAUGAUGUCUUGAUUGUUGGUGGAGGUCCUGGUGGAUUGUCGGCUGCAAUCCGAUUGAAACAAUUGGCCAGCGAACAGAAUAAAGGUAAUUUUUGUGCUUUUGAUGAUGAUUUAGACGAAAUUUUUUGGUUUCUUGUUAAAUUUUGUGGUGGUUUGUUACAAGGGCACUUCAAAAUAUAUUGUCAGUCUUUAAGAAGGAUUUAUCUUAAGUUUGCUUUUUGUUUCGAAUAAAAUUUUUGCUGUUAUUUUGCAAAAUUUUCUCGUAAGAGCUUGCGUUUUCAGAAGUCAAAGUCUGUGUGAUCGAAAAGGCCCCCGAACUCGGAGCCCACACACUUUCUGGCGCGGUUAUUGAGACUUCCGGAUUAGCCAAACUCUUCCCGGAUUGGCAAGAAAAUUGUUCCGCGGUCCAUCAAAAGGUUACGGUAAGUCAUCAUGGAUAACAUAAUUUUGGAUCCGAUAUUUUUUAUAUUUUGAUAUUUUUUUAUUAUUUUGUGUUGUCUAAUAUAUGAAAAAUUACUUUUCAGGACGAAGCAGUCUAUAUUUUGACGAAAAAUGGCAAAAUUAACGUCCCGAUGAUCCCCGGAGUCCCUCUGGCCAAUCAUGGAAAUUAUGUGGUCCGACUGGGCCAUGUCGUCAAAUGGCUCGGCGAGAAGGCCGAGGAGCUCGGCGUGGAUGUGUAUACGAGUAUUGCCGGCCAAGAAGUCCUCUACAACGAAGAUGGAUCGGUUAAAGGAAUCGCCACCGGAGAUGUGGGCAUCGCCAAGGACGGAUCCCCGAAAGAGAGCUUCGAACCGGGCAUGGAGUUGCACGCAAAAUGCACGAUUUUUGCCGAAGGAUGCCGCGGGCAUUUGUCCAAAAGUGUGAUUAAAAAUUUCGAUCUGGCCAAGGAAUCGGGCCCCAUGAGCUAUGGAAUUGGAUUGAAGGAAUUGUGGGAGGUUGAGCCCUCGAAACAUCGCCCGGGAUUCGUAGAGCAUUCGGUGGGAUGGCCGCUGGAGAAGACACAAUACGGAGGCUCCUUCCUGUAUCAUAUUGAAGAUGGAGGUCAACCAUUGGUCGCGACUGGAUUUGUGGUCGCUUUGGAUUACAGUAAUCCGUAUAUGAACCCGUUUAAGGUGAGAAUUAAGCGUUUAAAGCUAUCUUUAUUCAUUCUAAUGGGGAUUUAAGACCUUUUAAAGGUGCUUUGUUCCAUUGUUAGGCCGAAAUUUAUAUUUUUUGGCAAGAUUUAGACCUUAUUUUAAGUAAUUUAUGUCAUUUUCAGGAGUUCCAAAGGUACAAAACCCAUCCAGUAAUCGCCAAAACGUUAGAAGGAGGAACCAGAAUUGGCUAUGGAGCCAGAGCUCUCAACGAAGGAGGAUUCCAAACAAUCCCCAAGCUAAUUUUCCCCGGCGGAUGCCUUAUUGGAUGUUCGGCUGGACUUUUGAAUGUAUCCAAGCUGAAGGGAACUCAUACGGCAAUGUGGAGUGGAAUCUACGCGGCUGAAGGCAUCUUUGAACAACUGGAGGAAAAAAGUAAGGCGGGUUGGGGGAUUUCGAGAAGUUAUGGGGAUUUUUUUGGGAUGUAUAAGGUUUUCUUUGGUGAAAAUUGAGGAUUUUUGAUGGUAGAAUUGCAAUAUAUCUAGAAGACAAUCUUUAAUUGCUUUUUCUGACGUCAGUGGAGUCUUAUCUAUGGGCACACAGAGUUUCAAAAAGAAAUUGGGUUAGUACUUAUCUAUCUUUUCGGACAAGCAGUAAUUGUCACCCUUUCCAGCGAUUACUCCCACAAAAUACGAUGAGAAACUCAAGUCCUCGGAGGUGUGGAAGGAGCUGAAAAAGAGUCGAAAUGUCCGCCCAUCGUUCAACACCAAAUACGGCUGGUGGGGCGGAAUGGCCUACACGGGACUUUUCUUUGUCAUCGGCCGAGGAAUCGAGCCCUGGACUCUGCAUCAUGGCAAGCCCGAUCAUGAAAAGCUACUGCCCAAAGAACAAGCCAAGCCUAUUGAGUAUCCAAAACCGGACAAUAAGUUGUCGUUUGACUUACUCUCGUCGGUGGCUUUGACCGGAACCAACCAUGAAGAAAAUCAACCAGCCCAUCUGACUUUGUUGAAUGAUGACGUCCCGGAAGAGAUCAAUUUGAAGAAGUUUGAUGGACCAGAACAAAGAUUCUGCCCUGCGGGUGAGUUUGGACGAAAUUUCAGGGGCUUGAGGUCAGAGUAAAAAAAUUAUUCGAUUUUCAAAGAUGCCUAGUAUAAUGUCAGAAACAAGGUAGUCAAAGUAGUUUUUAUGAGAUGCAAUGUUUUUAAAAGUAACUGUCAUUAAUUUUAGGUGUCUACGAAUUCGUUCCUCGAUCUGAAUCCGACGAAUCCCUCCGACUGCAGAUCAAUUCUCAAAAUUGUAUCCAUUGUAAAACCUGCGACAUCAAAGAUCCAACCCAAAACAUCAACUGGGUGGCUCCAGAAGGCGGCGGCGGCCCAAAAUACGAUGGAUUAUAG